AUGGCGCUCCGAACACUGGCCACCGCCGCCGUUACCGGAGUAAAGCCCCGUUCAAGCCCACCGCUCCGAACACUGGCCGCCAUCAGCCGGAUCUUACAUCGUAAUCCUUCUUCCGGCGUCCGUCGUUUCGGCACUCCCGCGGUCCGCUGCAAUCUGGGGCAAAACAACAUCAACAACAGCUCCGCCUCAGCCUCCACCGACAAAAAUUUCAUUCCAUUUGUGCAGCCGAUUAAAAACAGUAAACACCACAAGAUAUCCCUACUCUCAAUUGAAAACAACUUGCUCAAAUCAGUUUUACCCAAUCGCCCCAAUUUCUCUCGUCUGAAUAGCUGCGGCACACGCAGUGAAUUCCUUGCCUACUGCGACAAGUGGUUGGUGUUUGCCUCCGGCGGCGGACGUUCCACAACUCCGGCCGAGCUCAUGUGGGACCCCACCACCGACGAGGUCAGACGCAUUCCUCAAUUUCCGUUGAAACCGCGGCUGCCCUCAUCUCAUGACUCUCCCUAUACCCUCUGGGGCGUUGGGUUCGACUCCGGCUCCGGCGACUAUAAGGUGGUCCGGGCUUCAAAAGAAAAACGGGCCGAGCUCCUAUCGCUCUCCACAGGCUUGUGGAGGGAAAUCCGAUUCCCUCACAAUCCGGACAAAAUAGUCGUUGAUAACGUGCGUUCGGUUCACAUAAACGGUGUUUAUUAUUGGUCGGCCCAUUUAAAGGACGAGAAACGCGACGCUAUCCUUGGGUUCGAUUUCGGCCGCCAAGAGUUUCCAGCCGAUCUCAUUCAAAUGCCGAGCAAUCGGGCCGGGCCCUUGAAGCCCAUUUGGGUGUGGCGCCACGUGAAGCGUAGCUGGUCUCGUGUGUCCACGGUUCGUGGCCCGGUGAAUGCUGAUGUCACCGAGGUUGUGGGGCUAUGCAAAAAUAGUGACAAAGUGAUUCUCCUCGACUCAGUCGAGGGUUCGAUUCUGCUUUACGAUUGUGGGACGACCGAGUUGGAGAGCCUCGGCGUAAUGGAAGGAUUGGGGUCCCAAUUUCCAUCUAUUGCAUAUUUUAUACUUAUCGACAGAGCGUUGGAUUGCUUUUCCGUCUGGCAUAGCUUCUUAUCAGUACUGGGACAUAGUUUCAUGAAUAUAUAUAAUUUACGUGAUCGUGCUACUAUUGUGUCUCCUGACCGGUUGGAUUUUCCACAUGCGAGUGCUAUUGUUGAUGAGCCUUACACUUAUCAGGAAGCUUCGCCUAUUCCGGAAUGGCAACUUGCUAUGUCUGAUGAACUUGCUGUACUUGAUCGUACCAGCACUUGGGAUGUUGUUUCAUUACCUUCACAUGCCGUACCUAUCACGUGUAAGUGA